CGGAAUACGGCCAUUCAGUUGACACGUGCGGCUGGGCGCUUGGACUGGCGACUUGUUCUUGACCUCGACCGCCACCAUCUCGGCUGCGCGUGCUUGCAGCUUGCGAUGUCUGCUACUGCGUCGACCUCAAAGGCGAAUACCCCUGCGGCGCCGGACCUGGCGAAGGUGGAGACGGAGGUUGAGAGGUUGCUUGCUCGAGAGGCGACUGCGUUCCAGCGUGAUGUCGAGGUGGAGCGCAUCCUGAAGGCUUUCAAGCUCAACCCGUAUGACAUCUUGGAUCUCGAGGCCUCCUGCUCGACUGAUGAUAUCAAGAGGAAGUAUCGCCAGCUUUCCCUCUUCAUACAUCCUGAUAAGGCCAAGCACCCUAAAGCUCCGGAAGCCUUCGACAUCCUCAAGAAAGCCGAGGGCGAACUCUCCGACGAGAAGCGGCGCGACGAUCUUGACGCCACCAUCCGGCAGGCAAGGAUAGUCGUGCUCAAGUCCCUUUCCUUGCCUACCAAUACCCCGGACAACGAUCCGGCGCUUACGUCCCUUAAUCCUUCCUUCAGCGCACGCUUGCGAGCGCAAGCAAAGGAGAUGCUGAUAGACGAGGAGGUCCGGAGACGAAAGGCCAUCAAGCUGAAUCUCGCAAAUGAAGGCCGAGAGGCGCGUCAGAAAGAGGAGGAAGUGGCAACGAAGAAGCGCAAGGCCGAGGACGACAAGGCAUGGGAAGAGCGCCGUGAAGAGAGGGUUGGCUCGUGGCGGAACUUUGCCAGCACCCAGAAAAAGAAGAAGAAAUCGAACAAGCCCGCGCUGCUGGGAUGAACUCGCUAUUGCUUCUGGUAGACUUUUGUACUUCUAUGUGUAGGAUAUAGACGGGAUCUUGGACUUUC